UGAAUGAACAUUUCGGGUUCGGUUUCAAAUACGAAGAGUUUCUGUGAAAAGGUUCAUCGUAGAUCAAGUUUUUCUGCCUCUUCGCAUUGGUGCAUUAUUGCCAUAAUCGUCUCUCGUUCGAUACAUGCAUGGCCUGCAUUAAUGUAUCAACUGGUAGUGAUCACAACCAAGUGCGUCAAAGAAAAUCAUCAUCAAGUUCAACAAGUAUGGUUGAUGAGGAAAGUCUUAAACCAAAGUCGGAAACGGAGCCGCCCAUCCUUCGAUGGUGGAAUAAGAUUGUUGUGGUUUCUUGUGUGACUGCAGUUUUAACCGAUCCCUUGUUCUUUUACAUUCCUCUCAUCAAUGACCAAAGAAAAUGCCUUGCAAUGGACAAGAAUCUAAGGAUCGUUGCUCUCCUUCUCCGAUCAGUUACAGAUAUCAUUUUCAUAAUCGAUAUUACUAACCAAGUUCGUGAAAGGACUAAGAUUAUGGCCUUCAAGGGCUCAAAAGAUCCAUCGCCAUCAAACUCUUACUCCUCAUCUCCAGGAAAUGAAAAGAAAGUUGCAUUAGAAGUGACCCGGAGGUUGAAGCGAUUAUCUGUGUCUAUUGUAAUUCACUUGCUCGCCAUUCUUCCCUUCCCGCAGGUGUCAGUAUUACUUGUCUUUUUUAGAAUGAGAGACAAUGGGUAUAUGUCAAGAAGAAGUGUUUUGAAUGCCUUUCUUCUCUUCCAAUAUGUGCCAAACAUGUGCCGACUCCGGCUAUCUUACAAGAAACUUCAGGUGACCCAAAGAUUGGUCAAAGGUGCAUUCAACUUUCUCUCGUACAUCAUUGCAAGUCAUGUGGUCGGAGCUUUUUGGUAUUUUUUCUCUAUUCAACGAGAGACAUCAUGUUGGUACCAAGCCUGUCGAACCAUUGAGGGAUGUAUGCCCGCUCAGUGCGGCGAUAGAACUUCAGCAGAGGUUGUGCUCCUCAAUACAUCAUGUCCGAUAGAUCCAUCCAAUUCGACAAUGUUCGACUUUGGAAUGUAUCUUGAUACUCUUCAGUCCGGUUAUACAAGACAGACAAGUUUUCCCAAAAAGUUCUUCUAUUCUUUUUGGUGGGGUUUAAAGAAUCUGAGCAAUUUUGGGACCAAUCUAGAAACAAGUAGCUACGUGUGGGAAAACUGCUUUGCCAUUCUUAUUUCUAUUACUGGCUUGCUACUCUUUUUAUAUCUCAUUGGAAAUGUACAGGCAUACAUGCAGUUCUCAAAAUCCAAGGAGAUGGACGAGGAGGAGUUAAGCAAUAAGAUGAAGGAGAAAGAGACUGAAAUACUCCAGUACUUGAUGCCAAGAAAAGGUCUUCCGCUGGAAAUGAGAACAGAAAUCAUGAGAAACAUAAAGCAUGACAAAUUAAAAAAUAAAUUGGAUUCUGAAGUAGAUAUGGACCUUUUAUUCUAUCUUCUCCCAUGGAACAUUGAAGUCUCUAUAAAGCAUCAUGUUGGCAUGGACGCCCUAAAAAAAGUACCAUUGCUUCAGCACAUGGAUGAAAAGGUGCUGCAAAAGAUCUGCGAGCAUCUCAAGCCAGUCAGCUAUUCUCCUGAUCACGUUUUUAAAACAGGAAAAGAGAUUGAUGCAAUGCUAUUUGUCACAGAAGGCUCUGUUUGGCCUAUCCACAAUGGUGGUGAGGAGAGCUCAAUGGUCACUGGGAAUGAAGACAAACUUGACUACUUUGGAGAAGAACUUCUGAAGUGGGUAUCACCAAGUAUCUCUUUUCCUGAUCUUCAAUCUCCUAAACGUACUCAAAAGCUCAAAUGUCAAACAAAAAUAGAAGCCUUCGUUCUGAUUGCCAAGGACUUGAAAAGUGUAGCUCGUGACUUCAGACGUCUGUGGAAUUGGAAUUUUUACAAAUCUGACAUUGAUCCUGAUCAUUUUGAGAAGUCGGCAGGUUCCCUGAACAAGAUUAACGAGACAUAUAUUCACUUGUGGGAGGAGAAAUUGGCCUCUGUCCAAAAGGAGAAGAUGAAUAAAGAAAUAUCUGAGUGGGUGUCAAGAACUGGUCUCAGCGAAGAUGUGGAAAAAAAAAUCAGUAAACACAUAGAAGAGAACAAAAUUGUGAAAAAAAAUAUAGAUGCUGCCGUGGAUCUGCCUUUUCUGUUCUCUGUUCUUACCCAGAAUAUCACAAAUGCCAUUGGGAUGGAUGCACUGAGAAAAGUACCCAUGCUUCAAAAGAUGCCCGAACCAAUGUUGGAAUCAAUCUGCAGAUAUCUCGAGCCAGUGACUUACAUUGAGAAUGCACAUAUUAUUAAAGCAGGAACGGAGCUUGAUUUCAUGCUCUUUGUCAUAGAGGGCAUAAUGAUAUGGACCAACACAACAAGUGAUUCUUUAACAACAGGUUAUAUGAUGCCUAAGUUAUGUAUUGAGAAGGGUGAUGUCUAUGGAGAAAAACUAAUGAGUUGGGCAUCAUCAAACAUGAAUGUUUCUGAUCUUCCAAUCUCCACCCAAGAUUUUAAAUGUCAGAAAAAGAUUGAAGCAUUUUCUCUCAAGGCCUCACAUGUGCAAAAUGUAGUCUCCAAACUCGGAUCUCAGUGGAGUGAAUAUUACAUUGCGCCUCCUGAUUAUGAAAACAAGACGUACCUACAGAAAUUAAAAGAGGUACAGAGGCAAUUGACAACUACACCAUUGGAGAAGAUUGAGGAUGAUGAUUUUAGACAGAAGAUGAAGAUCCUGGUCAAAGAGUAUGAUAUACCUGACUGGCUGUCAAGACAUGCUCUCCCUGAUGAUGUGGUAACAGAUAUUAUGAAAUACAUUAAAGAGAACAAAGUAGCAGAGACAGACAUAGAUUUCCACAUGGAUGUGAAAUAUCUACUCUCUAUUGAUCUUCCUUGGCGUAUCGAGAAGACUAUAAGGGACCACCUCUCGAUGACCGCGCUUAUGAAAGUACCGAUGCUUCAACAAAUGCCAAUCUCCAUAUUAGAAUCUAUUUGCAGUAAUCUGGAGCCAGUGGUAUACACUAAUAAUGACUGUAUUUUUGAGAAAGGAAAAUCACUGGAUUUGAUGCUCAUUGUUAUAGAAGGUGAAAUUGCGCUGACUGAGACGAAGACUAGUGAUGCUGGAAUAACUGAUUCCUUAUCAGUGAACACCGAAACUCUUGGGGAAGGUGAUAUUUUUGGAAAAGAACUUCUGAAUUGGGCAUCACCCAGAAUAUUAUUAGCUGGUUCUGCUCCGGUCUCCCCCCAGUAUGCUCAGUGUCAAAAAAGAGUAGAAGCCUUCACUUUGACGAUAAGUAAGUUGAGAAGUGUAGUGUCAGAACAUGACACUGACUGGAUGUCAUACAAUUGUGACGAUACGGAGCAUUUGAAGGAGUUGGAAGUUCUCCAAGACAAGAUUGAUCAUCUUGAUGAUCAGGUACAGAAGUUAGAGCCCGCAGAUCCGGGGGAGAUUGAGGAUGAAGAGUUACGACAGCAGAAGAAAAUCAAGAACAGGGAGAAUGCCAUAAUUCAAUGGAUGUCAAAAUAUGACCUCGAUGAGGAUUUGAAGAAAAAAGUCAAGUUGCACAUAAGGAUAAAUAACUCAGUUGGAAAUGAUAUGGAUUCAAAUUCUGAUGUGGAUGUGAAGUAUCUACUCUCCCUAUUUAACUGGGGUCUGGCCAAACCUAUAACAGAACAUUUCUGUAUAACCAUCCUAAGAACAGUACCCAUGCUCAAAACCAUGCAUGAAGAUGUCUUGAAAAAGAUAUGCUACAAUGUGAAGCCAGUGGUCUAUGACCAGAAUAUCUGCAUCAUUGAAAAAGGAAAGUCACUGGACUUUAUGCUCAUCAUUGUAGAAGGCGUAAUUGAAUGGACUGAUGUGACCACUAGUGAUGCUGGAACUACAGCUUCAACAGUAGUUAUGAAGGCUAAAGGUGAAAUUUUUGGAGAACAACUAUUACAUUGGGCAUCCCCGAAUGUUUUGUUUUCUGGCUUUGCUCCUACUGCAACCGGAGAUGUCAAAUGCCAAUCUAAAGUGGAAGCCUUUAGUCUAUCCACUAAAGACUUGAGAAGUGUAGUAUUUGAAUAUGAGGGCGAGUGGAAUUCAGCCAAGACCUACGGCGAUCGGCAGCAGGUAGAAGCGAUGCAGCUUCUUCAUAAUAAAAUUGACCAGACAUAUAUGCAGUUGCAGUUUGGAAUGGCAAAACUGGAGGAGAUUGAUGAUGAAGAAGUAAAGAAAGCGGUGAAGAUCAAGAAUAAGGAGAAUAAUAUACUUGAGUGGAUGUCAAAACAUAGCGUCAAUGAAGAAUUGAAGGACAAAAUCAUAUCACACAUAAGGAUAAAUAACUCAGUUGUGGAAAAAAUAGAUGCUGAUGUGGAUGUGAAGUAUCUACUCUCACUUUUUCCUUGGGGUUUAGGCAAACCUUUAACAGAGUUUCUCUGUGUGAAAGCGCUACAAAAAGUACCAAUGCUUGAAAAUGUGCCUGAAGAUGUGUUUGCGAGGAUUUGUUACCACGUUGAGCCUAGAGUCUUUACUGAUCACAUUGUUCUUAAAGGAAAACCACUGGAUUUUAUGCUCAUCAUUGUAGACGGCGAAAUUGAAUGGACUGGCACGACCAGUGAUGCUGGAACAACAGGCUCCAAACGUCUUCAAAAAGGCGGUAUAUUAGGAGAAGAACUCCUCAAUUUGGCAUCACCCAACAUCUUAUUUUCCGGCCCCCCUUCUAUCUCGGCGGAAGAUGUCAUAUGUAAUACAAAAGUUGAAGCCUUUGCUCUCACGACCGUUAACCUGAGAUGCAUUGUCUCUGAAUACUGCAUGAAAGGGAUUUCGCCUUUCAAUAGUUGUUCUAAUAUGCAGCUGUUGGAGGAGUUGGAAUUCUAUCUCGAGAGGGUUGAUCAGACAUAUAUGCAGUUGCAGUCGGGAACGACUAAACUGGAAGAAAUUCAGGAUGAACAAUUGAGAAAAGCAGUGAAGAUCAAAAUGAAGGAGAACGAUAUACUUGAGUGGAUGUCAAAAAAUGGCCUGGACGAGGAAUUGAAGAUAAAAAUCAUGUUGAACAUGAGGAUAAAUAACUCAGCCGAGAGAAUCGUAGAUGGUGAUGUACAUGUGAAAUCCAUAAUCUCACUUUUUGGCUGGGAUUUGGGAAGACCUUUAACGGAGCAUUUCUGUAUAAGCACACUACUAAAAGUACGUCCUCAAACACUCAUCUUAAUUGUUACAAUGCUUACGUCAUAUAAGAAGAUUUUGUAUAAAAAUUGAUGAAGCUAGCAAGUUUUUAAAUUUUAUGUAUAUAA